UUUUAGGAAUUAAUAAUUUAGCAAUAAAAUAGGUUAAUUAGAUAGAACAUUCUUUGUUGAUGCGCUCUGUUCUGAAGCAAUCACUGAGUAUUGCCUGAGCACGUCACUGUGUACUGUAGCUUCCUCAUUUUCCUUGAUUAAGUUGUGUUUUAACUUUUUCAAUCGAUGGAGGGUUUCAGAAGACCUUCAGCCCUUUAGUUGCCUGUUAAUCAUGCAGAUCAUUCGAUUGUUCUCUUGGACAAUGUGAUCGUUGUCAUGAAUGUUUUCUAGGAUCUCCUUGCACCUGAUCUCUCUUCGUGGGUCCGAAGUGUCCUUCUUGAUUGAUGCUGAAUUGUUUCAUCCCAUAGCUCGAGUUUUUAUAAAGAUUAUAAGCUAUUUUUCAGCUGUCUUAUAA